AUGCUGUCCAAGAUUGUUAUCCUCCUCGCCUCGGCGGCUUCUGCUGUCGCUGCGCCGCUGCCCUGCGCUUCUCCUCAGGCGCACUUCCAGACUCCUACUGUGCCCGCCUCCGGCGGCCCCAAGGAACUCACCAACCCCCCCGAUGGCCUAAAGCUUCUUCACAUCGCCCUUGGAUUCGGCAUCCAGAACUACACCUGCUCGGCCGUCGGUGCCAAGCCCCUAGCCACCGGCGCCCUCGCCAUCCUCUACGACGCGCUACCCUUCUACCCCAAGCAAGGCCCCCGAUCCCUCUCCGCCGACAAGUUCAUGGCGCUCCCCGGCGACGUCCUCGCCCACCACCAGCUCCCGCUUAAUAUGGACUCCUCCGCCCAGGGCCGCGUUGAUCCUGCCCACCCCGGCGCCUCGCCAACCGAACCCUUCCCCGCGCCUGCGCCCCUCAGCGUCGACGCCAUCGACGGGCCCCUUGAGUACAUUGGCCACCACUUCUUCACCAGUCAGGGCGUCCCCGAGUUCGUGCUCGACAACGGCACCAUCCAUCUCACUGCGAAGAAGGAUGAGGCCGUCGACGCUCCCAGCUCGGCGUCCACUGGCCCCGACGGCACCGGCGCGGUCGCUUGGCUCAAGCUGAGAGCCACUAGCGAUGCUGUUGGCCCUGCGAAGCUGGUCUACCGUGUUGUCACUGCCGGCGGCAACUCGCACGGUUGCGCCAAGGCUGCUGGCGACGACAGCACCAGCUACACUGCCACCUACUGGUUCUACGGUUGA